UACUGAUCUUAGUGAUCUGUGAUUCUGUCAUUCCUGUUUAGGUUUUCAUUUUCAACUUUCACAUUCACAUGACGUACACAAAUAAUGUAAAUAAAAGAGACAGACAUAUUUUAAUUGUUUUUGUGAUAUUUAUUGAGAAUUAACUUGAUAUGCAGUGCGAAGAUGAUUUCGGCGUAGCCGCAGCCCUACAUGAAACGGUUGCCAGGCCCCUCAACAAUUUGGACAGUGCAUUAAAUGAAUUGGGCAUGCUAGCAACAAGUGCAAAAAGUGAUUACCUGAAUGAAAUGUACAAGAAAAGGUACAACAUGUUGACCAUAAACACAAGAUAUGUGAGCAAUGUUUCCAUAGGAUUUAGAGUGAGACCCAUAGUUCCACAUACAAGAUAUAAACCUUAUAAAUGUAGCAAAGAGAGGCACAGGACCAAAUCUGAAAAUAAUGAUGAAGUGACUGUGACUUCGCCACCUAAAACUGAGGUAGACUGUAGCUUGGAUGAAAUCACACAACUGAAGAAAGCCAAGUCCCUAGAAAGUAUUAUAGCUGAGACAAACCAGAUGGUGGAUUUGAAAAACAUUCACUUAGGAAAACCAUCAGAAGUGGAGGUUGUUUCAAAGUCUAUACAAAAUUUGAAAGUAGUGGAAUAAGUAUUUUUGUUACCUGCUUUACUCUAUGUAUUGAGUGUAAUUAUGAGAGAACAAAAAGUGGAUGAUUGGCUUUUUGUGGCUGUGAAAGAGUUCCUUAGGUGGUAAUAGAUGAAUGUAGUAAUUCUCUAGUAUGGUUGUUACUUGUUUCUUGUAUCUAUAGUCACCAAAGCAGUUAAAUAAAAAACUGAGUGUCUGUCAUCAUUCAGUAUUGUUAAUUUGAAGUCCUGCAUCCUUUUAAUGGCGACUGAUACCUACUACAUUAAAAAAAUUUACUAACAAUGAGCAAUGAGCUUUCUGCUGUUCCAAAGAUACAUGAAUUUCCCGAUACUUGAUUCUACUGUAUCUGACUUUUUGCAUUCUAGAAUGGCUGUUUGAAAGUAUAUAUCUAGCAAUAUAUUUUGGCACAGAUCAAGGAUUAAGUUUUGCUGCCACAUUUAAAAAAUGAGGGAGUCUAUAGGAUAUUCCAUAAUCGAUGAAAAUCCAUGGAAGUAAGUAAUAACCUGAAGAAGUAUGCCACUAUGCCACACAUUUCAGUGAGGUUGCCAAAAGCUUGCACUUCAUCCUUUAGCCUAAAUAUAUUGCUACAGCAAACCUAAGUUUAUAAUGAAAUUGUUUCUGAUGAAUUGGUCAAGAAAUCAAGAGGGAUGAAUUUUAUUGAAAGUUCAUAUAUUGAUGCAAUCUCAUAUAAAUAUAUGCAUCAGUCAUUCUCAGGAUGCAAUGGCAGCAUCGCCUGUAACUAUAGGAAAUUGGCCUAUUAAAAUAUGUCAGUUUCCUGUUAAAUGGCGCCUACAAAAUCGUCUCCAUUAGUUGCCACAACAGAAACCUGCCAUAUGAAAUGAAAUGCUGGCUACGUUAUCAUGGCAUCAUAGCAAGGGAGUGCUCUAAAGUGUUCAACAAGUUAAAGUAUUAAAAUGGUGUAUGACAUUUCAUAAUGGUUUGUAUCAAUUUAUGAUAUACAUAGAGUUAUUACAUACAUAUCUGUGAAUAAACAAAAGCUCUUCACCAAACAUCAAGUCCAAGACAUCUAGUCUGUUUAUAUAUUAUUGUCAAAGUAUGACGUGCGGUCAAACCUAGGUUUGUGUAGUUUGAUCGCAGAAUGGACAAUUUUGGUCAAGUUAGAUGUAGUCACUUGUUUUGAAUAGUUCAUUCAAUGGUAUUUUAGACUGGGAUUGAAACUGUUAAAACCAAACCUAGGUACGAACAGACGUAGGUCUUGGCUUAUAACAGAUACUAUAGAUAUAUUUAUUGUGAAAAGCAUCUUUCAGAUUUUUUUGUGGUUGUUCAUAUAUUAUUUCUGGAUCAUAAGAUUGCUGUUUAUAUGCCUAUUUUGUUAGUAUAAUUUCAAUUUCAAGCCGUUUUGCCGGAACCAUGUAACUAUGCCCAGUAAUACUUAUAAUCCAUUAUUCAUUAUAAUAUGUGUUAGUUAUCACCUGCAUAUAUACCACUAAUGCAUUUUAAUUGAAUUGCAGUUGCCAUUUAUGAAUUACAAACAAAAUCAACUACUGUGACUAUUUCGCAAGCCGUUUAAGGGCGAAUUUUUGGCUAUGCAGAAGUGUUGUUCUAUGCACUCCUUGUUAUGGAUUGCAGCAAUAAUUUCAGUUUGAAACACAACUGCUAAGAUCAAUAACGUAUUGUUUAAGCGGGAGAAAAAUUUCUUGAAAAAGCGUUCCUUUCGAUAUUUAUGGGGAUAGGAAAUACGUGCAAUCUGGUAUGUCCGAAAUAUUGUUGCACCUAAAAUUCGCCUUUAAAAUUGGGAGCCUUGCAAAUAGGAUGCUAACUCCAGGUGAUUGAUAUAAACUGUCUUUGGAAUAUAAUUCAAAUCAUCUUUGCAUGUGAGCUUUUAAAGUCUAAGUUGAUAAUAUUGGUUAUUAUGGACUUCAAAAAUAAUUUAUUUUAUAUAACUAUCAAUCAACGAAUGAUGACAUUAGAAUUUAGAUACUCAUAUGUAGGGAACAGCAAGUUGAUCCUACCUGCUGCUUCUGCAUAUUUUAUAAAACAGUCUGUGUUAGUUCUUAAGUAUGUUACUUUUGGUAGCUAAGUUAGACUGCAGCCAGUACUUUCUUCUUGAACUGUGUUCCGAGAUUUUUGUUCGUGGUAGUGGUUGGCAUUAUGUGUACGAAUUACUGUACAAGUAAUUUUGUUAGGAGUGUUAAAAUAGGUGAGUGAUGUGAUCGCAGCGUAUUAGCUCAAUGAACAAUAUAAAAAUGUUUCACUGAAUAUAUAUCUCUUUUAUUUA